UCUCAAGGCGUUGGUUGUCACUGCCGGGCAGUCUGCUGCCGGGCCGUGUACGAGAAGGUGUUGCCGAACGCUGUUUUUUUUUUUUUUUCUUAUUUUCAUUUUCAUUGUUUCUUCCAUCUUAACCGUCGCAUCUCUCCUUUAUUUUAGUGCUGACUAGGAAAAUGUCAAUAAUACCUUACAUCGGAUCCAAUUACGUGGCCACACUCGUUUCUGCGGUAUCUUACACUUAAAGAUAAUGAGUUAUAUUAUGUGAAGUGUUACUGGACCUUCGUGAAAUGCUUCAGUAACCGGUUCCAGUCACAAGGUGUAUCCCGUGACCACCGCAGCCAGGAGGGCGUGAGACGCCAUUGAGCUGAAGGUGUGGAAGUGUUGAGGCUUGGUGUGCGUGAGGGAGAGCCAAGCUGGAGGGAAGGCGUGAGUGCUGCGAGGAAGCAGCCCAGCCACGCCAUCUUCUCAUCGCAGAGAUGCCUACCCUUGAAGAUCAACAGCCGGGGGAAAUGGACUCUCUGCUGGGCUCCAAGCAGAAUUCCUCGGACGGUUCUGAUGGUCACUGCUUCAAGGAACUGCAGCAGGAAGACUGGACCCUCUGUCCUGGCAAGCGAAACAGUUAUGGCACCUGCAAGCAACGGGAGGGCAUCACCCUGACCUGGCGCGACCUGAGCGUGCACGUGCCGGAGAAGACCUGUUUCACAAGAAGCCAUGACCAAUACCAUCCUGUUAAAAAAGUGCUCUCCAACGUGUUUGGAGCAGUUCAGCCUGGGAGUUUGCUGGCCAUGAUGGGAGCAAGCGGGGCAGGCAAGACCACCCUGAUAAACGCCCUGGCACACCGCACCACUGGCAGGAUAGUGGUGGACGGGGAUAUUCUCAUCAACGGCCACAAGGUUGAUGCAGCUCUGUCCACGCUGGCCGGAUAUGUACACCAGCACGAUCUCUUCCUGGGCUCACUCACUGUCAAUGAACACCUAGCCUUUAUGACUCGGUUGAAGAUGGACCGCCGCACCACAGCCAAGGAGAGACAGGCACGAGUGGUGGAGCUUCUCAACACUCUGGGACUCACGAAGGUGCAGAACACUCUCAUUGGCACUCCCGGAAAUGAAAAAUCCCUCUCCGGCGGGGAAAGGAAGCGACUAGCCUUUGCCACAGAGAUCUUGACCGACCCUCCACUUCUGUUUUGUGAUGAACCAGCCACGGGUAUUGACUCCUUCAACGCAAAGCUUAUGGUGAAGAUCAUGCAGGAUAUGGCCAAGCGAGGCAAAACUAUCUUGUGCACCAUUCACCAGCCCUCCUCAGAGAUCUUUGCAAUGUUCGACAGGUUACUUCUUUUGGCUGAGGGACGCGUGGCAUACAUGGGCUCGUCCGCUGGUGCUCUAGAAUUUUUUGAAAGCCAAGGCUACAAAUGUCCCUCUACCUUCAAUCCUGCCGACUACUACAUCCACACCCUGGCAGUCCUCCCUGGCCACGAAGGUCGCUCCCAGGAACGCAUUGAUAAAAUAUGCCACAACUACACCAUGUCUCCUUCCUACAAACACAUCGAAAUGAUCAUUCAACGCGAGGACGAUAUUCGCCUCUUGAAUCUCAAGUAUGGAAGCAGUUAUGAAGAGGAAUCAUUCCACAGAAACACUCCUGAGAGGCCCGGGUGGCUGGUGCAGUGGUGGUGGCUGACGUGGCGGGCACUGCUCGACUCCUACAGGAAUCCCACUGUCCAUUAUAUAAGAAUAAUCAAGAAAAUUAUUUCCGCACUCCUGAUCGGACUCAGCUACGCACAGGUGCGGCUGAAUCAAGCAGGGAUUCAGGACAUCGAGGGUGCUCUCUACUUCUUUGUGACUGAGAAUUCUUUUCCCGCCGUCUACGGGGUCCUUGAUCUCUUCCCGAAAGAGAUGCCACUCUUCUUCCGGGAGUACAGAAAUGGCAUUUACCGCUCAGACACUUACUACAUCUCUAAGAUGAUCUCCCAGCUUCCAGGUUUCAUUGUUGACCCCGCUGUGUUCUGCGUCAUCUGUUAUUGGCUGAUUGGUCUACAGCGGCAUUUCUACCACUUCACCAUAACAGUUCUCAUCAGUAUUGUUGAUGCUCUAACAGCAUCAGCAUGUGGAACAAUGAUCUCCACUGGCUUUGAAAGUCUUCACAACAUCUUGCUGUUUCUCAUUCCCUUCCAAUUGAUAGUCCUCAUCUAUGGUGGUCUCUUCGCUAACCUAAAAUCCCUGCCCCGGUACACUGCUUGGCUCAAGUACAUAUCCUGGUUCAUGUACACCAAUGAGGCGCUCACUGUCACGCAGUGGAAAGAUAUCAAGAACAUCACAUGUGAGAUGCCACCAGGGGUGCCCUGCAUCCACACUGGUAUGGAGGUGAUUGAGAAGUACUCUUUCAAUACAUCACACGUGGCCUAUGACUUCAUGAUGAUGGGGGUGCUCUAUUGCUGCUUCCACCUCCUGGGUUUUGUUGGACUCCUCGUGAGGGCAAAGAAAAAGUAGCCCAACACUCGCUGGCUACCAGUGUACCACCUAUCAAUCCAUAUACCAUAGUGAGAUGACCGAGAUCCCACUCGAAGGGUCCAGAUAAGUCAGCAGCAAAAUCAGAAGUAAUCACAGUAUACACAGCUUAGUUUAUGCUUUUCCUAUUAGAAGAAGACAGCCUUUAGCAGAGGCGAGCAUGUCUUACGAUUUUACCAUACAUAAUUCACCUGCUGUUUAGUACUGUAUGAUCUCAAGUCUGUAGUUACUUGGCAUUGUAGUGCAAACGAAUCUCAUUAGCUUUUGAAUUCUUGAUACUAGAGAUUAGCAAGCUAUGCUUCUUUUCAUAAUAUGUAUAUUGCUUUGCAUAUUAGAUAAAUAUUUAAAACAACCUUACCUCAUAUUAUCAUUAUUAUUGCUUUGUUUUGCUUAAGAUCACCGACUAGCUGAAGGAAAAAUACAACAAAAGAGAGAGAGAGAGAGAGAGAGAGAGAGAGAGAGAGAGAGAGAGAGAGAGAGAGAGAGAGAGAGAGAGAGAGAGAGAGAGAGAGAGAGAGAGAGAGAGUUAAAGAUAAACUGUUAAUCCCUUAGCUGUUAGAUUAUUGCAGUACGACAAUUGUUACUUCAUUUGAGUAAAUCUGGACGACUUUACUGAAAAUGAGCCACAGGUACUGAAAGGUCUGAGUCGCUGGAUCACUCUCUUUUCACUGUUGGUGAUGCCUUUCAAAAUUAUGUUCUUCACCUGCGCAUCACUUUAUCACACUUGAUAAUUCAUAGCAGUAGGUUUAAUAAAAGCUACUUCAUUGACAAAACAAAGAACAAGGAAAAAUUCUAGAGAGAAUGUUACAUGCAUUUUUAUGUUGUAUUAUGUCUGGCACUAAGAUUUUAUGAGAGAGAGAGAUGGACGAAGAUGGACCCUGUUUUAUAGGGUAGGUACAAAAUUAAUUAGGUUACUGUACUCUGUUGUAUCUAGACUUCAAAAAAAUAAGGUAGAAAAUAUAGUAAAGAAAAUACGGUAAACUAUUUUAUGAACAAUUUAGGAUCUUUCAAUGUCAGAAUAGAAAAAAUGAAGUCUAUUAAAUGGACUGCAUCUUCCACAUUUAUAAUAUAUGGAUCUCUUGGAAAUUCACAAGGCAUGAUUCCCUUUAGACAUAUUAUGGUGGCUUAUGAGGUAAUUGAUACAUUCUUAGUUCAGAGGACUUAAGAAUGAGAAAAGACGUUAAAUGCAGUGUAAGUGAAUGUGGCGUUACUUGAUAAUUCAACAUGAUAGUGCCAGGUGAGAGGUGGUAAGGGAAAACCCGGUGUGAGGUUGUAAUAGAGAGCAUACGUGCCUGGCAGUUGCUCCACUCUUCUAGAAUGUGAUGAGCAGCCCCUACCAGCCCUACCUCCAGGGCGGUUCGGUCUCACUUGUGUGCUGCUAAGGUGAGAACAUUCUUGAUUGCCUCCAAGUCCCGGGUGAAGGGCAUCAACACUUUGUAUGCUGAUAAGAAGACAAUCUGUGGGAGCAAAGUUUGUCAGAUUUUUAACUCUCUCUCUCUCUCUCUCUCUCUCUCUCUCUCUCUCUCUCUCUCUCUCUCUCUCUCUCUCUCUCUCUCUCUCUCUCUCUCUCUCUCAUAAAAUCUUAGUCCCAGACAUAAUACAACAUAAAAAUGCAUGUAACAUUCUCUCUAGAAUUUUUCCUUGUUCUUUGUUCUGUCAAUGAAGUAUCAUUGAAGGUCUACUUAAGGUGUUGGCAGUUAUUUUCAGACACACUUUAUGUGGACAGAAUUUGAAGCUUUUCUUAUGGAGAGAGUGAUUUUUUUUUUCCAAAAAUUGUAGAAAUGUGAUUUUUUGUGAGUUCUAUCAGCAAGUGAUAGUUUUAUAUUUUCACAAAAAUGAUUUUAAGGGUGAACACAUCAUAAUUAGUCCAUAAAAUGAUAGUUCAUAUCUCCAAAUUUUAACAAACCUGAUGUAACAACCAAACAGAACCUACAUUCGGUAAUCAAAACACUGCAGGACUAACCUUGACUAGUCUUGCAGGGUAACUAGAUUCCGCAGGGAAAAUUUUGCCUCAUCAGGCCCUGGUGAGCAACUAGACCCUAUGUUAAUAGUGAAAAUUACUAUAACUAUUCUGUAAUCAAAGUUUCUUUAUUGCAGCAAGUACUUACUUGAUGCUGCCAACUUUCUCUAAAUUUAAGUUCUCGUCCACAGUUUUCACAUUUCCUUAAAUAACCUCAGUUUCUCAAAUGUUUCUAAAGCUUUCUUGUCCUCAUAAAUCAUUAAACAGAAUUUAUGCAAAGAGCUCUAUCUGAUGCUGUGAUGUUGAUGUUGCAAAGAUCGAGUAGGAACUGAAUGAAGGAAUUUAUAUACUUCCUUAGUCUUAUCCCUUUUAGAAAUUGGCUAGAUUGGAUAAUUACAUAAUUUCUCAUCAGUGAAAAUAAAUGUUUCAUCUGACAGCCGCUUGCUUCCACACACACGCAGGCUGCAGGAUGACCCUUGUAUCGUUACACAACCUCACUAAUAAAGAUUGAUUUGGAAGGGAA